UAUUUUCCUCCCAUUUCACAAUCAGAAGGUCUUCCUCUAAGGAUUCAAGAUGUAAAGGGGAAAGAAUGGACGUUUCAGUUCAGGUUUUGGCCAAAUAACAAUAGUAGGAUGUAUGUCUUGGAGGGCGUAACACCUUGUAUUCAGUCCAUGCAAUUACGAGCAGGCGAUACUGUAACAUUUAGUCAAAUAGAUCCUGGAGGUAAACUUGUUAUGGGGUUUCGGAAGGCGACAAACUCUGAUGCACAGGAAGGCCAAACAUCUUCCCUUCCUAAUGGUGCACAUUCUGGGGAAACUUCCAAUUCUGGUGGCAUUGAGAAUUUGUCUACAGUGAGUGCUUACUCUGGUCUUUUACAGACCCCAAAAGGAGGAAAGGAUCCUCUUGUAAAUUCUCUGUCUGAACAUUUGAGUUUGGCUGAUGGAACCAUCAGUUGGGGUAGAGGUGAGAACCAUGGAGACAGAGCAAAUGGGGAUCCAGUGCAGCAACCAGCAGUGAAUGCAGAGAAGAAGAGGACUAGAAAUAUUGGGUCCAAAAGUAAGAGGUUGCUGAUGCAUAGUGAGGAUGCUUUGGAGUUAAGGCUCACAUGGGAAGAAGCACAGGACUUGCUUCGUCCACCCCCAAGUGUCAAGCCUAGCAUUGUGACUAUUGAGGACCAUGAAUUUGAAGAAUAUGAUGAACCCCCUGUUUUUGGAAAGAGGACUAUAUUUGCAGCUCAACCAUCUGGGGGACAGGAGCAAUGGGCCCAGUGUGAUGAUUGUUCCAAAUGGCGAAGGUUACCCGUUGAUGUUCUUCUCCCUCCAAAGUGGACAUGUUUAGAUAAUGUUUGGGAUUCAAGCAGGUGUUCAUGUUCUGCACCAGAGGAGAUUAGCCCAAAGGAACUGGAGAAUCUUCUUCGAGUGGGUAGAGAUUUGAAGAAGCGAAAAAUUCUAGAAAGUCCUAAGCUGGCCACAGAACGUGAACCUUCAGGCUUGGAUGCUCUGGCUAGUGCUGCAGUUUUAGGAGACAAAAUGGGUGAUGUGGGGGAGUCUUCAAUUGGAGCUACGACAAAACAUCCCCGACACCGCCCUGGCUGUACCUGCAUUGUGUGCAUUCAGCCUCCAAGUGGGAAGGGAAAGCACAAACCUACAUGCACCUGUAAUGUGUGCAUGACUGUGAAGCGCCGGUUUAAAACACUCAUGCUGCGGAAGAAGAAACGCCAAUCGGAACGUGAAGCAGAAAUUUCCCAGAAAGAUAGUAAUGGCCACAAGGAUGAAUCAGAGCUGAAUGACGCAAGACUUGAUCAUUCAGAGAACGAAGGAAGCCAAAGCAGAAUUCAAGCUGAGGUAGCUGAGAUCAGUGCUGGACAAAUAGACCUGAAUUGUCACCCCAAUCGUGAAGACCUGCAACUUGAAGAACCAGGAUUGAAUAUGAUGAGUCUUGUUCAAGCUGCCGGCAUGCCGAUUGAAAAUUAUAUAAAGCAAAAUGGGCUUCCAAGCCUAAUAAGUGAGCAACAGGGUAGCCUUGGGAUUGGUUCCCAUGCUCUAUCACAAGCUAACAAGGAGAAUGAGAGACACCUAUCUGAUGAAGAGUUUCUUGCAUCUGUAGGUUGGGAGCAUGACACCAGAAGUGAUGAAGGGCAUAAGGAGCCCAGUUUUGAGAGAAAUGGUCUUCAGUAAAAAUCUCCUCAUAUUUAGACUCUCUUUUUUUUUUCUCCUUUUUACAAUUAUAAUAAUUUUGUUUUGCCUUUCUCUAA